ACUUUUUCGCCUGCAAACCAACAAGCAACAGAGUGAACUUGGCUCACAUCAACUCACAUCAACUCAGCUCACCACCCUUUCCUCGCUCACGUUUGAGGCAAGACGAUGCCGAUCACCAAGGUUGAGGUGCUUGGACUGCGGAAUGAUCCGCUCUUCCACACAGCACGCCACGCAGCAAAGUUCUUGGAGACGGAGCGCAAGCGCGACUUUGAUGUCACAUGCACGGAUCUGAACGAACUGGACUGGCAAAUGGCAAAGACAGAACACAAGCAGUUGCAACCUCAUGCCAGCACCUUUGAGGAGGAUGUGCUGGUGAAGGUCGAUGGCAAGGUGCUCGACUCUGUGGAGAGUCUUCUCCACACCGCACACAACGCUGGCUACGAAUCCCCAGACGAUGUUGACUUUGAGAAGGAGGCGCUUGACUUUGAGACGGCAUAUCGCGCCAACAGCGGCCAUGACUUUGUCUACUUUGACCUCACACACGGCGACCAGGAGCUCGGCCGCAUCGUCUUUGAGCUCUUCAGCAACAAGCUGCCGAAGACUUGCGAGAACUUCAAGGCCAUUUGCGUCGGCGACCACAAGAGCAAGAACAAGACCUACGAAGGCAAGCCGCUGACCUACAAGGACACGCUGCUGCACCGGAUUCAGAAGUACGGCUGGGUGCAGGGCGGUGACAUCUUCACAGGCGCAGGCGACCACGGCGAGUCAAUCUACGGGGAGACGUUUGCGGAUGAGAGCUUCAGCGUGAACCACAGCAAGCGCGGCAUCCUGGCGAUGGCGAACAACGGCCUGCACACCAACUCCUCACAGUUCUUCAUCGCAUUCAGGGCCCUCGAGUGGAUGAACACCAGAUAUGUCGCCUUUGGGCAAGUGUACCGUGGGAGCGCUGUGCUGGCAGCUGUGGAGGCGUGUGAGACGUUCAACCAGCGGCCCCUCAAACCGCUCAAGAUCACCGCCUGCGGCCUCUUCGACGAGCCAUAGGCCAAUAAACCAUAUUGGGCUA